CCCCUCUUCUGCACCAGAUCUCGAGUUUCUAAGCUGUGUCUGUUCACCCAACUGGCCAGCAAGAUGGCACCGAUUUCAUUGCAGCAAAUGAUCAAGGGUGACAGGAGCAUGAUAACAAUGUCCGAUGACAAUGCGAUGAUGAAGCAAAUCCAUGCAACCCAUGCUCAUGACGGCCGACAGAUUGAUGUUAGACCUCUUUACCAGCUGGUGGAGGACAUUCUCAAUCGCUCUACUCCGGGGGUUGAUGCCAUUGUCACGACGACCGAAACACGCGUGGAACCGUUGGAGGAUAGGACCCAACAUGCCGGUUUCAUUGCCAUGAUUGAGGCAUUGUCGUUUACUAUUGAUCGAAUUUCCUGCGAGAUAGCAUGCAAGUGUUCGGCAGGAGGAGAUGCUCAUGCAACCACGCUCUCUAUAUUCAACAUGUUAGCAAGCUAUUCGUGGGAUGCAAAGCUGGUGCUAACCCUAGCAGCUUUUGCUUUGAACUAUGGUGAAUUCUGGCUCCUUGCCCAGAUAUACUCAUCCAACCAACUUGCCAAAUCAAUGGCGAUCCUUAAGCAAGUGCCCAUCCUUUUGGAGCACUCCGCCCUUCUGAAACCCCGAUUUGAUGCACUUAACAAUCUCAUCCGAGCCAUGAUGGACGUGACCAGAUGCAUCAUUGAGUUCAAGGAGUUGCCACCAAUGUACAUCACCCAGGAUGUACCAGCACUAUCCAUAGCAAUGGCCCAUAUCCCUACUGCUGUUUACUGGACCAUUAGGAGUAUUGUAGCCUGCGCAACUCAGAUUGCAAGCCUCACAAGCAUGGGCCAUGAGUACGCAAUAUCCACUACAAAUGAGACGUGGGAACUAUCCACCUUGGCUCACAAGAUCAACAGCAUACUCGACCAUCUGAAGAAGCAACUUUUUAUUUGUUAUCAAUACAUAGAGGAGAAAAGGAAUGUUGAAACGUAUCAAAUGCUUCAGAAUCUCUUCCAGAGUAUCCAUAUUGACAACAUGAAGAUUCUCAAGGCACUGAUUUAUGCCAAGGAUGAUAUGCAGCCGCUGGUUGAUGGCUCUACGAAGAGAAGGGUUCACAUAGAUGUGCUAAGGAGGAAGAAUGUGUUGUUGCUCAUAUCAGACCUAGACAUCUCUCAAGACGAGCUCUCCAUUCUUGAGCAGAUUUAUAACGAGUCCCGGGUCCAUGCGACUAGGAUGGAGAGUCAGUAUGAGGUUGUAUGGGUCCCAAUUGUGGACCACUCUUUGGAGUGGGCAGAUCCCGUGCAAAAGCAGUUUGAAAAUCUGCAGGCCACAAUGCCAUGGUUUUCAGUCCACAGUCCUACUCUGAUUGAUAAGGCAGUCAUCAGGUUCAUCAAAGAGGUGUGGCACUUCCGGAACAAGCCCAUCCUUGUGGUACUGGACCCACAAGGAAAAGUGGUGAGCCCUAACGCAAUCCACAUGAUGUGGAUAUGGGGAAGUAACGCCUUCCCUUUCACUAGUUUGAGAGAGGAAGCUCUGUGGAAGGAAGAGACUUGGAAGCUUGAGCUGCUGGUGGAUGGCACUGACCCAACCAUACUGAACUGGAUCAAGGAGGGAAAAUUCAUUUACUUAUAUGGAGGGACUGACAUGGAGUGGAUCCGAAAAUUCACCACCACAGCAAAGGCGGUUGCAUCAGCUGCACGGAUUCCCCUAGAAAUGGUGUACGUGGGAAAGAGCACCAAAAGGGAGCAAGUCCGAAGAUGCAUAGCAUCCAUCACUGCGGAGAAACUCAGCCACUGCUGGCAAGACCUCACCAUGGUCUGGUUCUUCUGGACCCGGCUGGAGAGCAUGUUGUUCUCCAAGAUACAGCUAGGGCAGGCGGACGACCAGGACCCCAUGAUGCAUGAAAUCAAGAAACUCCUCAGCUACGACAAGGAAGGAGGGUGGGCUGUACUCAGCAAGGGAUCUUUUACAUUUGUCAAUGGCCACGGCACCACUAUUUUGCCUACCCUUUUGGCUUACGAGGAAUGGCAAGAGCAUGUCGUCACAAAGGGUUUUGAUAUAGCGUGCAUGGACUACCAUAGCAAGGUUCACAGCGACUCUCGCCCCUGCUGCCGCUUCGAGUUCCUGAGCACUUCUGGAAGGAUUCCGGAUAAGAUGAAAUGCCCAGAGUGCAUCCGCAACAUGGAGAAGUACAUCACUUUCCUGUGCUGCCACGACGACCAUAACAUAAAGUCAAUCUACUGAGCUACCAAAAUCCAGCAUUUCUUUCUACGAGCAGGCAUGCAUGCCUGCUGAAAUAAUAUCGUUGCGUCUUUUCUCCCCUUCUGCCUCUCCAUUAGUGUAAUCAGAUUUAAGUGUGAAAUGUGAAGUGACUACCACCCUGUUGGUUGGUAAUCCGAUGCCUCUUAAUAAGAUAAAAUGUUAUGUAAUGUCAGUUUACUAUUGACAAUACAGUGAUUAUCAUUAAUUAA